UCCGACGUUCGCAGCGCUAAGCGGACUGCCUUUUGGAUAGGUUCGCCGUUCGCUCAUAAACUUGAGUGCGACCCUAGUCCGCACCGCGGAUGGCGAGGGACCUGAUCGGACCUGCGCUGCCCCCUGGCUUCAAGGCCAGGGGGGCCGCGGAGGACGAAGAGCGAGACCCGAGUCCCGUUGCAGGACCAGCUCUGCCCCCUAAUUAUAAAAGCAGUAGUUCAGAUUCAUCGGACAGCGAUGAGGACAGCAGUUCUUUGUCUGAAGAAAGAAAUCAAGAAUCUGAAGAAGAUGACAGUGGUCCAACUGCAAAGAAACAGAGGAGGAAUCAGGAUGACAACGAUGAUGAUGAGGAAGGAUUUUUUGGACCAGCCCUUCCUCCUGGAUUUAAAAAGCAGGAUGAUUCUCCACCAAGGCCUAUCAUAGGUCCUGCAUUGCCACCUGGCUUCAUUAAAUCUACUCAGAAAAGUGACAAAGGGAGAGAGGACCAAGGACAAGCAUCAACAUAUCUCAACUCUGAGCAAACAGACAGCAGUGAAGAUGAAGAUAUUGUUGGACCAAUGCCCGCAAAAGGACCCAUUAACUACAGUGUAACAGCAGAAUUUGAAAAAAGGGCCCAGAGAAUGAAAGAAAAAUUAACGAAAGGAGAUGAUGAUUCAUCUAAACCAAUUACAAGAGAAUCAUGGAUGACUGAGCUUCCUCCAGAAAUGAAAGAUUUUGGUCUUGGGCCAAGGAGCUUUAAGAGGAGAGCCGAUGACAAAUCUGGAGACCGAUCAAUCUGGACAGAUACUCCAGCGGACAGGGAAAGGAAAGCGAAGCAAACACAAGAAUCAAGGAAGUCAUUGGGUAAGAAGGAUGAAGACCACAUACCAUCAGCAAGAGAUAAGAGGUUGGCUGAGCAAGUGUCUUCAUACAAUGAAUCCAAAAGAUCAGAAUCUCUCAUGGACCUUCAUCAUAAAAAAUUAAAAAAUAAGGCUGCUGAAGAUAAAAACAAGCCCCAAGAGAGAAUACCGUUUGACCGGGAUAAAGAUCUCAAGGUCAAUCGGUUUGAUGAAGCUCAGAAAAAAGCCCUAAUAAAGAAAUCCAGAGAACUAAACAGCAGGUUUUCACAUGGCAAAGGCAAUAUGUUUUUAUAAAUUUUCAGGAGUUACUUCCUUGCUGGCACCCGAGAGCUCAUGCUCUUUCCUGUUUCAGCAAAGUAUGAGGCUGCUUCCAGAGGUUUUAUCCCCAUGGAGGACUAACCCCAACCCAAGGACUGACAGUAAAAUAAUAAUGUAGCUGUGUACAUAGA